AUGUCGGAGACGCCAACGGAACCGGAGAAGCGAACAUUAAACUACCGUGAUUGCCUCAGGAUGGGGUCCAUACUUGAUGGGUUCCCUGGAUAGGUUCGGACUUCUGAGAGAAAAGCUUCUUAUGGACUGAUCCUAUGGCUAUAGUUUGGAUUACAUUACAUGGUUUUACCGUUACCGGAUUUACAGGCUAUAUAUUGGUCGUCCAUGGUCUCUAAGUAGUUUAGUCGGCGUUUAAACCACCAAGGCACAAUAUGGAAUGCGUAAGUUUAAUAAUACAACCAACUUACGCUUACUUAUUAGUCAACUUUGAGCUGGACCGGUUUGUGUAUGGCCUGUGUUGGGCUGUUGACACUUUCAUUAGUAAAAAGGACGUCAAAGACAUUGGUUGUUGAGAAUUUCGAGCUGGUGACCAGAUACAACCGAACGGACAUUCUGAUAUCUUAAUGUUGUUAUGGCGUUCAAGACAUUGGUGUGAUUACGGGGUUGCUUUGUCUGUCAAAUUCAUGAGUUGGACGUGUAUAGACCAGUUAGCAGGCUAAGACGUUCGAUUCAUCUCGGCAAAGAGAUGGACAGUCGAUUGAUGAGACAGCACUGCAGCUCGGUGCGACGAGGACAAUUUAACUGGCUGCAUGGCCAGCGUUCGCAUGGAGUAUGAGGCGUGCUGUCAUUAGACACUGAAGUGUGGUGUGUUCCUCAUGUCACGGAGAGAAGCUAUUUUCGGGUGUGGAUGCGUGCCCAAGGGACAAGAGUGACACAUCCUGUGAAGCCAUUAGAUCCAGAGUAAGAAACCGAAUUGUGGUGAGUCGCGGCCAUCUGAGAGCAAAUUAUUAUCAGGACAUCCUUGUGUUAUUGCUGGAAUGACAUACAUUUAUGGUUGUAUUGUCAACAACUGUUAGUUGUAUUUGGAGACACAUUCCUUGUGUGAAUCAGCACUUGUGGGACGUCAUUGAAAACAUUUACCCGAUGGAUAUCGUAAACUGAUUUACUGGAUAUAUCGUAUGUGUGUAACCACUAUUGGUGAUGUAGACAAACACUUGAAAUUGAUGGACAUUAAAUUCAAAGGAUUCUUUAUUAUCAUUGGUUUCACUAUUUUAGAAAGUGAUGGAGAAGCAUUCAAGAUUUCUUGACACGAGGAACCACGGACAGCAGUAUGUAAUGCCGUUGCUUUGACAUUGAAAAGGAAAGAAGUGCGUUGGCAAGUAAGAUAUAACAAAGCAUAGGUGCUUUAAUUUGACGUUUUCGUGCACGAAAGUCAUGCCGAACUUCUCCGAGAACCCCAGUUUCAACUCCCAGCGGGUGCAGAAGGCCUCCCGUAUUAACGGGAUCGAGAGCACCCGCCUCGGGAAGCAGCUGCAGAUCCUAGAGAAGGAGAAGCAGACGCACCUCCGGAUGAAUUUCCGAGAGAUGCGCCUCCUCAAGGUGACUUUGGAUCAUAUCAAGGCGUCCAGCGGAAAGAGUCCGGAGGGAAUAGCAGAUGAUGAGGAAUUCGUUGAAAAGAAAGGCGAUAUUGUUUCGUGUUUCUUGUAUGGGGAUCGGACUCAGAGCAGACGAUUUGGUAAAUAUCGGCGGGUUCAGUCCGCGGCUGCGCCGAGACAGACGACUUUGGAGGAUGAGGAAGCAGACGUCAAAUCGUUAAAGUCGGGUCAUGGUAGGAAAGCUGAUGCGGCGACGGGUAAGACAACCCGGCCACACACCAGCCCUGGACAUCGCCGGUCGAUUGUUUGGGGUGGCCGGACAAUCCCUAUCCAUGGUAGAACGCAGUCAUUCAACGAACAAGCACCGACCGCGCAGUCUGAGCUUGGUUUGGAUUCAGACUCGGACAGCGCGUUUGAAAAGCAAGCAGACGACUCCGAAGAAGACGACGUAGAUGCCGCGCCAACAGCACAGCCAACGAUUCUGAACAUGCCGCCGCGCCGCUUUAGAAACAUUUCUGUGUCAGGGAACGCACCCUUGCCUGUCCCUUUCUCAAACAACGACCCGUCCUCGAUAGACGAGGAAGUAAAGGACCUUGGGGAGGUCUUCAGACACAAGGCAUCAAUGAGGGAACGGACGAUCAGUAAUAAACGACAAAGUUCCGCCUCGGAGGUGUCAAUUGUGAAAAGUACUGAAAAAAGACAAAAUUUAGCAAAGGUUGUGAAUCAAGCUAGGGCAUUGACAAUGGCUGUAUCAAAAUGGCGUCGGCUCAGCGGCAUGCCUGGAGUAGAGCGUCCCCCUGCUUUAGGCGACGACAGGGACGGCGAGUCCAAGUCAGUUAUGACGAGAGCUUUGGAUAACCAGCGGAGGAAAAGUUUGAUGGGAAAGAUUGAGAGUUUUAUGGAUCAGUAUCCGAUCACGCAGGAGUCAUGAUGGUGCUUUGAUGGCUUUGCUUCGUGUGAUGUUUUGGUGCACAAUUUUGACAGUUCAGCUUUAAGACAUAACGUGACAUCGUGGUCAUCGGACAACGUCAAGUCACGUGAUCUCCUGCCACAUUGUCAGGAGUAUGCCAGCUCGGUUGUUAGGUGACACGGGCACACUGUGUUCCAAGUGUACUUCAGACAACCUCCUGAGAGAGACGAGGCAGAGCCGCAUUCACAGUACACAUGAUCAUACACAUGAACGUAUUCUUCAAUAGCAGAACUGAAAAGCCUGCAAUAUAAUUCAUUGAGAUAUCUUCUUUCCCAAGUUUUCGGACACAAAUUCCGUUUUAAAACUGCAUGAAUGCAUAUAUUGGCCUUUUACUGUUAGCGUGGUUGGUCGAUACUGAAUUUAUGCCCGGCUUAUUUGAACACGAAACAGCCUUCUUAUUAACAAGUCAAUAAAAACGUAGAAUCAGACGAUAAUGGUCGAUUCCUUUCUAACGUUAAAUAUUUGAAUUCGUGUUGAGUGGUAUUUGUGCUCUCUUUAACACGUUAGAAUGUCAUUUAGAUCUUGAAUCUGUUGCACAAUAUAUUCUUGCGAUGUUUAAAAACACUGACUUCGACGAUUUUCGGUAAUUCGGAACUUGCCAAAACCUCUCUAAUGUAAAAUGUUUCUAUUCCUGAUGCUGCACCGUCACACCAUUUUUUCAAAAAGUUAAAAAUGUUCACACAAGUAUGAUUUCAAAGCGUUACAUUGUAACAUGUUGUCUUUUUGAACGUGCUGGUUUUCAUAUUCCAGCCGAGCGUUUCCCGCUCCGCCACCACCGUGACAGCGAAAUUUCAUUCGCUUGUUAUUUGGUAACAAAAUACCCGCUGGUGUGGCUGGAAUCUUUAGAUGAUACUUCCGCUUCCAACCAACCGCGUUUGCUGGUAAUUUACAAUGAAUCAUACCAAAUACUGCUAAAGCCAAACGUAGUUUCAGAGCGGCAGUGACUGCAGUGGGAAACGCUCCAGUGGAAUCGGGCAUUUAUGGAUGUGAAUUGAUGUGCUGAACGAUUUAUUGCUCAAUA